AUGCCAACAUUCGAAGACAUCACAGAGAGGUCCUCAGGAGGUUCAUCCAAGUGGAUUUCUUCCGAGAAGGCUCUUUCAACAACCUCAUCAUCCAGUAGUGAAUUGUUAUUAAUUCCAUUCAAAGCUGUGAGAUCGUUAAUUCCUUCUAUCAUCAUUCCAACCUCACCAUCCACAGCUAGACCUGCACUCUUCAUAUCCCUCUAUUUACUUUCUCAAUACUUGUUCAUUGAAAAGGACAACCACAUCCCGAAUGUAACCAAAUCCUUCGAUGCUAAAACAGUUCCACUAACAAAUAAUUCCGAAACGAUCACUUAUUCAAAAUCAAUUUCUAGACUCUCCGAUAGAAGAAUUGUUAAAUUCACCUUAACGUCAAGCACCAUUGAUAUUUCUUCUAAAACCUAUGACGAAUUAUUUUCAGUUUUAGUCCAUCAAUUCGAGGUCAAUGAGAAUGAAAAAACACACUAUAAGGCCACACGUCAUUGGUUAUCCAAAUCCGUAACGUUUGAAAGAGAAAUUAUUUCUCAAGCAGACGGAAUUGUUUCCAUUCUCAAAUCCAAAGCCUUGAAUUAUUCUAGAAUUGUUUUUGGAGCUUUGGCUGUUAUACAUACCUCCAUUUGGCUCAAAGGAUUUAUUUCCAAAUAUUCGGGAUCAUCAUCAUGA